GUGAAAUUAAAAUAGUUGACGUCGAAUGUUUGUACGUGCAUGUCAAACUGUCAAAACAAUAAAAAAUCGGAAUAUUCGGAGUCAUUUUUACUCGUUUUUUACGAAUUAACAAACAUAAUUAACAAUGUGAUCAUCAACAAAAAGUGUUUCUGUGUCUUCUUGGUGUUGUUUACUCGGCAUAAAAAGGAUAUAAACAAAAAAGAGUUUCCCUCUAAAAUCGGCGGCGAUGUUUAAUUUCAUAAAAAAGGCCACCGUCCCCGGGGUGACCUCCGACAAAGAGGAGAAAGAGAAAAGAAAACGGGAUAAAAAGGACCGGAAAGAAAAACAAAAACGCGAACGUGCUAAUAUGUCGGCCGAGGAACUUUUAAGAUUGGACGAGGUCAGGCGCUCUUUGAAAAUAAGAGGUCGCCGAAAGGACAAAGAGAAACUCCCAUCGGGCAUAACGGCCGAUUACACGGCCGAUUUUCUCGCCAGUCUAGAGAGAACGGAAUCGCCGUCGUUCAACAACCAGGGCUCGUCGCCCCAUCGACACCACAACGACGGCUACACCCAAUCCGACAGCUCCGAGACGAGCCUCAACUCGCUGCAGAACCACAAGAACGUGCUGCCGCUGCCGCCCAAGCCGCCCAAGCGGGGCAUCUUGAAAACGCCCAAGGUCAACGUGACGUCGGACAACGGCGCCGAACCGGCCACCAACGGCUACGACGCCGCCGACAAUCAUUCCAGCCUGGCGAGGAACACCCUGCAGAACGAAUUGUACACCUAUCAGAACCUGAUGUCCCAUCACAACGGCACCAACGGCAAGAACAUGAACGCGCAAUUGCUCGUCAUCACUUCGACGUCGCCCAGCGCUGACAGUUUGACGGACACCACGAAUUCCUCGUUCGCCACGCCGCCGUUUUCCUUGAGUCCCGUCGGGGAAUCGCAAGGAUUUCACAGAUGGUCGAGAACGGCGAAUUUCGACGAUACGAACCUCCCGUUGCCGGACAUCGUGCCGUUGGUGUUGCCGGCGCCGCGCACGUUGACCGUGCAGCGGCAGAAGCCGCCCCGCAACGAUUUCGGGUUUUCGCUGCGUCGGGCCAUGGUGCUCGAACGGUGCGGCCCGACCAACGGGAACGGCGAAUCGGAGGUGAACAUGCGAGCGGUGAUAUUCGCCGAGCCGGGCGCCGUCGUGCAGCACAACAACGAAACGGGCCUGUUGCCCGGCGAUAAGUUGCUGGAGGUGAACGGUACGCCGGUGGAGGGCAGGGCCCGGGAGGACAUCAUCGAUCUCAUCAAGGCGUCCGGCGAUUGCGUUACUCUUAAGGUCCAACCCGUAGCGGAACUUAGCGAGUUGAGCAGACGGUCGGGUCACGAUGGGGGUGAAAUCCAUCUUGACGAUUCGAACAUACGCGGGGGGACGUUGCGAAGGUCGGGGAGCAGACGGUUCGAUAAAAACUCAACGGCUAAGACUGAAGAGCACUUGGUGAACGAGAAAUUAUGGCUGGACGCGGAGAAACUGUGGCUGAUGCACCGCGGCGGUUUCGCGGCGGCCAGAAAAGAAUCCGGCGGAGAACAGGAACCCGGAAAAACGAAAAUUCGCCUCGAAGCCACCGGGGAAAUCCUAUCGGUCGACGAAGACGAUAUAGAAAAAGCUAAUCCUCCUCAAUUCGACAGAGCUGAAGAUUUAGCUUCUUUAAGGCAUUUAAACGAAUCCAGUCUAUUGCACACGUUAAGGCAACGAUACGCCAUGAAUUUAAUACACACUUAUGCCGGAUGUGGAACGAUGUUGAUCAUCAAUCCCAUGGCUCCGCUUGCUAUAUAUUCCGAAAAAGUCGUGUCGCUGUUCAAAGGAUGCAAAUCGGAGGACAUGCCGCCGCACAUUUACUCCACCGCCCAAUCCUCCUAUCAGGCCAUGUUGUCGACGCGCCGCGACCAAAGCGUCGUGUUUAUGGGCCGAUCCGGCUCCGGAAAGACCACGAAUUUCCGGCAUUGCGUGCAAUAUUUAGUCACGGCCGCCGGAUGCGUCAACAAGGUGCUGACGCUCGAGAAAUUGAGCGCCCUGUGGACGGUCCUGGAGAGCUUCGGGAACUGCAAGACGAGCAUGAACACCAACGCCACCAGAUUCACGCAUAUAUUCAGUCUGGAUUUCGACCAAAGCGGCGCCAUAUCGUCGGCCAGUCUGCAGGUGUUGAUGUUGGAAAAGGCGAGAAUAACGAAAAAACUGGAUAACGAGACCACCUUCCACGUUAUGCAGCGACUUUUGUCCGGCGUGGAGGGCAACGUGAGGAAACAGUUGUUUUUGGACGGCAUCACCGGCAACGAGACGAACCCUUUCAUCGGUUUGCUGCAGAAGCACGAGGACAAGCAGCGCGCCCAGAUGGAGUUCGUGAAAACCUGCGGCGCCCUCAACGUGCUGGGGGUCACGGACAACGAACAGAAACUGGUGUUCUCCGUGCUGGCGGCCAUUUUCCAUUUGGGCUGCGCGGGCGCUGUCAAAGCCGGUAAUAACAAUCGUUACCAAUUCGCGAAUCCCCAAAGCGCCCAACGAGCGGCUACAUUACUCGGAACGACCAUCGAGGAAUUGUCGAGGGUGAUAUUCGGCCUGGCCUCGGGAGGAAUGAGCACUCCCAAUCAACCAAGAGCCCCUUUCAGGACGCCUUCGCCUACCGAUAAGGGUCUAGAUCGAGAAGCCGUCGGCCUAGAAGCGGUAGAGGGCGUUAUAAUCGGCCUGUACGCGGAAGUGUUCAAUUGCAUAGUGUCCCUCAUCAACAGGUCGAUAUCGUCGUCGAAUUACACGGUGUCCUCGAUCCUGUUGGUCGACAGUCCGGGUUUCCAAAAUCCGGCGACUUGCGGCCGCCAGGCCGGCGCCUCCUUCGAAGAUCUCUGCCACAACUACCUCCAGGAGCGCAUCCAGUUGCUGUUCCACCACACGAACCUCGUCGCCCCCAAAGACAAGUACUUGCAGGAGAACAUCGAUUUCACCUACGACGAAAACGAAAACGAGAACUUGAUCAAUCCGACGCCGCUGGUCAAUUUGCUGGACAAGGCCGCCCAGAACAGCGUCAUCAGGACGUCGCAGACCGAUUUACACGAAGGCGAUAGAAGAGGCCUACUGUGGCUUCUCGACGAAGAAGCAAUGUAUCCAGGCUCAUCGGACGAGACGUUUCUGGAGCGAUUGUUCGCCCACUACGGCGAAAGGGACCAUCAGUUGUUGCUGAGAAAAGCGCCCGGAAACAGCCAGUUUAUCAUCCAGCACCUGCAAGGUACCAAUCCGGUGCUCUAUUCGGCCAAAGGCUGGCUCAAGUGCAGCAGGGAGAAUCCGAUCGCCCGGGCUGCUGUGGGUUUGUUGCAGGAGAGUUGCAAGGAAGACCUUAGCGCGUUGUUCGUCAGCGUAAGAGGCCUGGGCCCGUCGAGUUUCGGCGGUUCCGUGGUAGGUUUGGACGGUUCGCAGUCGUUGCGAAGGGCUUCGAGUAUCAGGAGGACGUUUACGGGCGCUGCAGGAAUAAAAAGGAAGAGCGUCUGUUUGCAGACUAAAUUCACCGUCGACGGUCUCAUAGAAACGCUGCGAAGGACCAAAUUGCGGUUCGUCCAAUGUAUUUUACCUCAACACAAUGCUGGGCUCUGCGAAGCCAAUGCAUCUUUGAUGGCUGUGAAAACUACCGGACAACCCGACGAUUCAUUGUUGAAUGUGCCUCUUCUCAGGUCCCAAAUAAGGGGCGGGCAAAUAUUAGACGCUGUUAGAUUGUACAAACAGGGCUUUCCUACCUCACUACCUCUAGGCGAAUUUAGAAGAAAAUUCCAUUUACUGGCGUCGGAUUGCAAAACUACCGGGCCGAUUUUGGACGAACGAAAAGCCGUGGAAGAUAUGCUGGUGGCGUUGGAUUUGGAAUUGUCGAGUUAUCGAAUCGGACUGAGUCAGAUCUUCUUCAGGAACGGCGUCGUGUCGCAGCUGGAGACGCAGCGCGACGAGCGGCUGGCCGGCGUGGUGGUGCGCCUGCAGGCCCACUGUCGCGGCUACCUGGCCCGGCGGCGGCUGGCGCAGAAGAAGCUCCAGGACCUGGCGGUGCGCUGCAUCCAGAGGAACGUCAGGAAGUUCAUAGCGGUGCGCGACUGGCCGUGGUGGAGGCUGCUGGUGAGGGUGACGCCGCUGUUGAACGUCUACAGGACCGAGGAGGAAUUGAAAUCGAAAACGAACGAAUUGGAAGCGAUCAAACAAAAAUUGGAGAAACUCGAAAGCGAAAGAACGAAAUUGAAACACGAAAAUGACAAACUGGAAGCGAAAUUAUCCGAGAUGACCGCCGAUCUGGCCGAGGAGCACUCGACGGCCACCUUGGCGGCCGAACGGCUCGACUCGGAGACCUCGGAGCGCCUCAAGCUCGAAAAGGAGCUGAACGACGUGCAGUCCAAGAACAAGGAGCUCCAACAGUCGUCGGAGCGGCUCGAGCUGGAGCUCCUCUACGCCCGCUCCGACCUCAACGGCAUCUCCGAGGAGGACGAGGACGCCGACGGCGACGGCGUCUACAAGCAACGCUACGAACGGGCCCUCAAAGAGCUGGAGUUCACCAAGCGGCGGCUGCAGCAGCAGCACGAGGACGAUCUCGAACAGCUGGUCGGUUUGAAGAAGCAAUUGGAGAAAAAGUUAGCGGACGCUUACGAAGAAGUGGAGGAACAGCGACAGGUCGUGGGCCAGUGGAAGAGGAAGGUGCAAAAAUUGAACGGCGAAAUGAACGAUCUGAAGCUGUUGCUCGAAGAGCAAAGCGGCCGGAACAAUUUGCUCGAGAAGAAGCAGAGGAAAUUCGAUUCCGAAACGCAAAUGCUGCACGACGAGCUGAAGAAGGAGAGGCAGACCAAAGACAGGCUGUCCAGAGAAAAGGAGGUUUGCAUAGCGGAAAAAUACGCCGUCGAAAGCUCGUUAGCGGACACGAGGCUCGAGUUGGAACUGAAAGAAGAGAAGCUCAUCGCGCUGCAGAGGGAAUUCGACGAGGUCACUUGCGGCGGUAAAACCGAAGAGGAGGUGACCGUGCUGAGGAAGCAGAAGAUCGACUGCGAGAGGCGAUUGCAAGACCAAGAAGAAGAACUCGACGAGCUCGCCGGUCAAGUGCAGCUGCUCGAGCAAGCCAAACUCCGAUUGGAAAUGUCGCUGGAGUCCAUGCGCAAGGAGGCCAAAAAGGAGGCUCAAUUGCGCGACGAGGAGCUGGAGGAAGUGCGAUGUAACGCGCAGAAGAAAAUUAAAACUUUCGAACAACAAUUGGAAAACGAACACGAAGAGAGAACGCUGCUCCUGCGGGAGAAGCACGAAUUGGAAAGGCGCUUGCAGGCGGCCGCCGAAAUGGAACGACACGAUCGAGCGGGAGACGAAGCUCUCCUGCAACGGCUGAAGAGAGACCUGAAGCGAACGAAAGCCCUGCUCAGGGACACCCAAACGCAGCUCGAGCGCCAGAAAUCCGAAGCACCCGGCAAGGCGGCCAUGCGGCAGAUGAGAAACCAACUGGAAGAUCUGGAAUGCGCCCGUGCCAUGGCCGUCAAAGCCAAACAGAGCCUGGAAGGGGAGCUGCUCGAGACGCAGGCGCAGCUCGACGAGGCGCACAAACAGAAGCAGGACGCCGAGGAGCGGGCGAAUUUCCUGCUGCGCGAAAAGAGCGAUCUGCAGACGCAGCUGGAGGAGAACGAAGAGGAGCUGGCGGAGGUGCUGAAGAAAUUCAAGGGGACCGUGCAGCAGAUGUCGCUGGAUCAGAUGGCGUUGCAGGAGCAGGUGUCGUUGGUGUCCGAAUUGGAAAUCGAACGGAACCAUUUGAAGGAGCAAUUGGCCGAGCUCACGACGAAAUUGGAGUCGGUGGAAAGCAUGGGGGAGUCGUCGUCGAAUUUGCUAGUCAAACGGUCCGAACUGAAAGUGAAGGAGCUUGAAUCAAAAUUAGAAUUAGAACAAACCACUAGGUCGAGAUUAGAAGUACAAAUUAGUAGAUUAAAGGAAACGGUCGAGAAACUUCAAAGCGACUUGGGCAACGCCAGACUGAAGGAGCAACAAUGUCAGGAUCAAAUUAAGAAACUGCAACGACAAAUACGAGAAGUCAAGGAGGAAUUGAACGUGAGUUUAGCCAAAGAAUCGGAGGUGAUUAUUAAAAAGAAAGAACUGGAGAAACGGUGCGAAUCUCUCGAAGCCGAAGCCGCUACGUCCAGGACAGACUUGAGGUUGGCUUUGAAGAGAAUUGAAGAUUUACAGUCCGCUAUACAAGGGGAUCUGGAAGACACGAUAUCAGACAACUCAGAUAGCGAACAAGACACUUACAGUUCUGAUGAUUCUGUGAACAAAUACCUAUCGAAUCACAAGACUUUAAAACACGAUAAAGCGUCAAUAGGAAAUGAUUCUAAAAGAUUAGCGAACGUUAGUCGUUCCAGUACAUCUAGCAACAUAGGCAAAGAUCUAUCAUAUACCUGAGUGGCAGUGAACAUCUGCAGAACUUUAUCCAUGACCUUCUGCAGGCAAGAAGAAAGCGGUGAUAUAGAUAACGCUGUAAUGGAAUAUGUCUGAAUUAGUAGGAUUAUUGUUUAAAAUUGAGGGCCUUACAGUGUUUUGUAGGAAUCCUAUUUUUUUUGUUGUUUUAAAUAUGAAAAACACACUGUGACAGUUGUAGGGUUUGUUAUAAGACUGAAGGCGACACUUACAUCCUAUCAUCACUUAUAUCUUUUAAUUGCAAAAUCCACUUUAUUUUUAGAGCGCAAUCGAACAAAGUAAAAAGUUCCCGUUAGUUUAGGGAGCUUUAUCGUUAGUGUAAUUAAAAUAAUGAAUCGUAUUUAUGAUUAAAAUGCACGUAAUAAUAAAAAAGUGGAUUAGUUUAUCAUUAAAGACAAUUUAGAUUUAGUCAUUAGAACAGUCGAACAUGUUUACUAAGACUUCUAAAAAAUGAUAUGUAUAUAAAUAAGUAGAUUUAAAAUUUUAUAGAAAAAUGUCUUCUUUUAUCGAUUUUUUUUUGAAAUUUAUUUAUAUUAGUUACUUUUAUAUGUUCACUUGGUUCGAUCAAAGAACUGGGAACGUCGCAUCAAUUUUCCUGCUAGAGAACUUAUAAACAUUUGUUAUGAAAAUUUUUGUUUAAAUUUUAUAUUGUUAUUCUCCCUAAAAUCGACCUGUAAAUAUGCUUAAAUAAUUACUUGAUGUAACAUAGUCCCGUUUCACCUGUAUUUACCUUUUAUAAUCAAAUGUAACUAGAAUUCUACCAUAUUCGUGUAAGAUAUAAAUGUUGUGAAAAUAAACUGUUUCUAUAUACGUAUUUGUUUUUCAUUUUAAGAAAAAAACGGAUCUAUACCUAAGGGUAACAUGGGGUUUGGCAAAA